CGUUAUGAUUAUGUGAUUAAAUUAAAUUUAACUUAACAAUAACACCUUUGAAUGUUAGGGUUUCGACUUUGAUUAAUUUACCCUCUCGAUGUAUAUAUAAAAAAGAGAAAUUUAGCAUUAGAGCAAAGCUUUAUUGGUCUGUAUGUUAAAACUAGCUGAAAGGAAAACGCUGGGCACUCUCGGGCAUCGGCAGCCUCCCUUUUAAUGUUAAAACUUAGAAACCAAACAACUCGUCUUGUCCUUAACCAUGAAAAUCUUCGCUUUCUCUCUGCUUCAACAGCUGCAGCCAUUGCAGAUGGCAUUCUUCAACCUCAAUUUCAUUCACAAACCACCGUAGACCUCAAUACCCAGGUAAAGAAAAUGUCACCCCCUCAUUUUUCACUCUCUGUAGACCCUAAAUUCUUCAUCUCUACACUCAUGAACUGUAAAAACUUAUUUCAAAUUAAACAAGUUCAUGCACUUGUAACUACUAAUGGUAUGCUUCAUAGCCUCACCGUUGCUAACAAGCUACUAUACGAAUAUGCACAUCACAGAGAUUUGGCUGAUGCUUCUGUCUUGUUUGAUAAAAUGGGAGAGAGGGAUUGUGUUUCUUGGAGUGUGUUGAUUGGUGGGUUUGCCAAGGUAGGUGAUUACAUGCAUUGUUUGGAGACUUUUAGGGAGCUUAUUAGAUAUGGAGUGCAACCAGAUAAUUAUACGUUGCCUUUUGUGAUAAAGGCUUGUAGGGAUAAGAUGGGAUUGAUGAUUGGUAGACUUGUUCAUUGCAUUGUUAUGAAAUAUGGGUUCCACUUAGAUCGUUUUGUUUGUGCUUCUUUAGUUGAUAUGUAUGCUAAAUGUGGGGUGAUUGAGGAUGCCAAGCAGUUGUUUGACAAAAUGUCCAGUAAAGACCUCGUAACCUGGACAGUUAUGAUUGGUGCGUAUGCUGAAUGUGGAAAUGCCAACGAGUCGCUGGUUUUGUUUGACCAGAUGAGGGAAGAAGGUUUUGUGCCUGAUGAGAUUGCUAUGGUGGCUAUUGUGAAUGCAUGUGCUAAAUUGUGUGCUAUGAAUAAGGCUAGGCAGGUUCACGAUUAUGUAAAUAGAAGUAAGAUUUCUAUGGGUGUGAUACUGGGCACGGCGAUGAUUGAUAUGUAUGCCAAGUGUGGAAGCGUUGAUUCUGCAAGAGAAAUCUUUGAUAGGAUGCAACAAAAAAAUUUUAUUUCUUGGAGUGCAAUGAUUGCAGCUUAUGGUUAUCAUGGGCAAGGCAAGAAAGCUCUAGAAUUGUUUCCUAUGAUGUUGAGUAGUGGGAUAAAACCAAAUAACAUCACUUUUGUUUCCCUAUUAUAUGCUUGUAGUCAUUCAGGCUUGGUUGAAGAUGGUCUUCGGCUUUUCUCGUUGAUGUGGGAAAGUUAUGGUGUGAGGCCAGAUAUAAAGCACUAUACUUGUAUGGUUGACCUCCUGGGGCGAGCUGGGAGACUAAAUGAGGCAUUGGGAUUUAUUGAAAAUACGACGGUUGAGAAAGACGAGGGUUUGUGGUCUGCUUUGCUUGGAGCCUGCAGGAUCCAUAAGGAUAUAGACUUGGCAGAGAAGGCAGCAAAAUCUCUUUUUGAGCUACGGCCCCAGAAUCCUGGGCCUUAUAUAUUGCUUUCAAACAUUUAUGCAAAUGCAGGGAGGUCGAAAGAUGUGGCAAAGGUUAGAGAUCUGAUGACCAAAAGGAGAUUGAAGAAAAUUCCGGGUUAUACUUGGAUUGAAGUGGAUAACAUAAUCUAUCAAUUCAGUGUCGGAGAUUGUACUCAUCCUCGUACAAAGGAGAUCCAUGAGAUGCUGAAGACUUUGAGUCGGAAGUUGGAAUUGGCUGGUUAUGUCCCUGAUACAAACUUUGUGUUACAAGAAGUUGAUGAGGAAACAAAGCUUGGUAUUCUUUACACUCAUAGUGAGAAGUUAGCAAUCGCAUUUGGCCUUAUUGCCACACCCGAGGGAACUGCUAUCAGGAUAUCAAAGAACCUUAGGAUUUGUGGUGAUUGUCACACAUUUAGCAAGUUUGCAUCAGCUAUUACACAGAGAGAGAUCAUUGUUCGAGAUUCUAGCCGCUUUCACCACUUCAAGGAAGGGGCUUGUUCUUGUGGAGACUAUUGGUAAUUACUAAUUAUCCACGGGUACUUUUUCUCAGUUCUUCUGCAUUUCCAUAGCAUAAAUAUAAGUGCUAUUGUUUAAGUGAGAGUAAUUUCCAUUACUGAGUCAUUGUGAGGGGCUAUACUUGGCUUUGCUUGUGUAUUCAGUAAGAUUUUCCUAACUUUAUGCA